UUUGCGGAUGACUGUCAAAACCUACUUUCGCGAGAGAGGAGCCGCGAGAUCCUCGUCGUCGUUGCCGUCGUCGCUGCCGCUCGCUCUCUCGUCGUCCGCUCGUCCGUUCGCCGUCCGUGCACGUGUCCACCGGGUCCGACGCGAGGGAAGGAAGAAAGGAAGUGGCACCAUGAGCGCGCGUGAAUACUUGUAGGAGAAUGUCGUGGCGCGUGCCGUGACAACUCGCCGUCUUCUCGAGUGAAAAGAGAGAUAGAGAGGGAGAGAGAGAGAGACGUCGCCGCCGUCGCCGUCAUCGUCGUCGACGGCCAGUCCGUCGUCGCCCACCGUCACCGCCGUCAUCGCUUCCCUCCGCCGUGUCCCUCUUUGCCCGCUCGCGGAUUCUCCAUCGUGGAGGCCUCGCUUCGGAUCAGCCUCGCAGGAUCAACUACGAAGGUGCUGGAAUCCUCGACUUGGAGACUUCGUGCGCGGAGUCGACGGCCGCGCGCGAGUCGUGCGUCGCGCGGUACAGCUACCUGCACUCUCUCUCUCUCUCUCAUUCUCUCUGCUUACAAAGCAGUGUGAUCGCGUGACUGACGACUGAAUGAUCGUGUGCUUCCACGACUGGUGUCGGUUUCAAGGUCCUCUCUCUCAUGGGGCCGCAUACUCGAGCGUGACGAUAGCUUUUUCGACAGGCAGACGGGCCGGACACUUAGGUGACCUUAGUUCCUAACACCUGAGAGGUAGCGCGCGCGCACACACGCGCGCUUCCGGGCCGACUUCCGCAGGUAGCGGCGUCUCCGCGAACGCGCGGGACUCCUGGACAGUGUUCCUUCACGAGGCACGGGCGCAAGACAGGUGGAAAAUUCGAGAGAUUACUGCUGGAACGAAUAGACUCAUUGUUUGAGCUCAGCUGUAUGGAAGAAACUGGAAGGAUAAAUCACUGCGAAAGUCAGCGCGACACUUCCAUAGAUGUCGGCAUCACGUUCAGCGACUUCGUUUCACCACAAUCGGUCACCAUGUUGAUCACAUAACGCAGACUGGGCUGUACACAGGAUCAAGAGGCGUAGGAUCCCCUCCUGGAUCUGCCGCCACCUAGACCACACCUAGAAUUUCAUGUCCAGUGCGUACCCGGCUGUUCUCACUCGCGUUCCGCCGCAGCAUCGUCGACGAGCAGCGAGUUUCUUGCGGCCGAGAGAGAGAGAGAGAGAGACCAGAGAGACAACGCUUUUCCUUCACUGAGCAACAGCCGGCGAAGAUGAACAGCAGGCUUGAAGAAACGGAGUCGAAGUGGAUCUGCGAGUAUUGCACGUAUGCCAACUGGCCGUCGUCGCUGAAGUGCACCAUGUGCCGGGGUGCAAAGCCGUUGUUGGGCGAGGACAUUUACCGUCUGCGCGAUCCGAGUCCACAGCGGGCUUCGUCCAAUGUCGCCUCCGGUCCUGUGAGUCAUCACCAUCAUCAGCAGCAGCAGCGCGCGAGUCCCAUCGCGGAUCCUACCUACGGUCAUAACUACAGUCAGAACGUGCCGUCCGCGGGCAAGUGGUCGUGCGGCAUGUGCACGUACCUUAACUACCAGAACACCACGCGCUGCGUGCAGUGCGGCAACCGGCGGCCCGCCAUCAUCGCCGCCAUCGGCACCAGCGCGGCUAACAGCAUCGCCAACACCGUCACCAGCACCACGACCAUCAGCACCACCACCACCACCACCGCUGCCGCGACCGCUGUGAUCGGCCAGUCCAUUCAUUCGUUAGCGUCGAACCUCCACGAGCAUUUGGCGCCGCUACGGCUGGCCGACGGCCCGCUCAAUUCCGGCUCGAACAACUCGCAGUCCACGCCGGUCAUCAAUCUCCAUCCUGAACGAGCCUAUCAUAACGUGCAGCAGCAACAGCAAGCAAAUAUACACCCGGAGAAAUGGUCCUGUCACGCGUGUACUUAUGAGAACUGGCCCAAGGCCACCAAGUGCGUCAUGUGCGGCCAGCCCAAGGACAGGGAUAACAGACGGGAUAACAAUAGGUCCGCCGUGAGCAACCUAGGGGUGCCAAGUCCCGAGAGGGAUCAUGGCCAACAACGUGGCCUGCCCUCGCCACCCCAUGCGCCUUACAUUCACCAGACGCAACGGGAGGACAACUCGGCGAUAGGCAGGAGAGCUUCGCACAGGUACACGGACAGUCGUAACGACAAUCUGUCUACUCCUCAAUCCCCCAAUAACUGUGAUUACGAGCGCCGAUUGAAACAGCUGCGACGCCACACAGACUGGUGCUGGCUGAACGCCUGUCUCGGCAUCGUCGAGGGUGACAACACUCCCGUAGAAGCUUACCUGGCGAGUGGUGGUGACCCUGCCCGCCAAUUGACUCAUUCUGAGGCUUUACUCCUCAACAGAAGUAGUGCGUUUGACGUCGGGCACACCUUGGUGCACUUGGCUAUUAGGUUUCAAAGAGAGGAUAUUUUAGCUACGUUGCUGUCACAAAUAGAAGGCUCGGGCUCGGGAGUGAAAAGAGUGCCGAGUUAUGUUGCGCCCGAUCUGGCGGGUCAGAUACGCCGGCACGUUACCAACAAUAUACGCUUACGGAAGGGAUCGUUUCCUUGUUAUUUUGUCACGGACAUGGCCACGUUUGCUUUACCAGCCGAGGUCGAGGACUUACCCAGCAUCGUACAGGAGCAAAUGCUGGAAGAAUUAUUAGACAAAGAGGCACAACAGCAACUGGAAGGCGGCGGCGGCGAACCGGCAGCUUUAAACUGGUCUCUGGAGAUCACCGAACGGUUAGGCAGUCGUUUGCAUGCUCUUUGGAACCGGUCAGCGGGCGAUUGUCUCUUAGACUCCGCUAUGCAAGCCACCUGGGGCGUCUUCGACAGAGACAAUGCUCUGAGGAGAGCGCUCGCCGAUACCCUGCAACAAGCCGGGCAAUUCUUUUAUCCCCGUUGGAGAGAGUAUGAGGCGUCACAGGCAUCUAGAAUGUUAGAUUUCACCUUAGAAGAGACACAAUGGCAGGAGGACUGGGAAAGCUUGCUGGCGACAGCUGCUCAGCCCGGCAGCGCAUUAGAACAAUUGCACGUAUUCGCUCUCGCCCACAUACUGAGGCGACCCAUUAUCGUUUACGGGGUCAAGUACGUCAAGAGUUUUCGCGGCGAGGACAUAGGCUACGCGAGAUUUGAGGGCGUCUAUCUGCCGCUUCUUUGGGAGCCCUCGUUCUGCAUUCGUUCGCCGAUCGCCCUCGGCUACACCCGGGGUCACUUUACGGCGUUAGUACCGAUCGAGCCUUACGCCUCGUCGCGGAUACCGCCUCUGCCGUCCCACCACCACCAUGGCGGCGGGAACAGUCCGCUCGAGCAACUGCAGUUGCAGAUGCAGACGACGUUCAUGCCGCUGAUGGAUCGCGAGCACAAGCUUCUACCGAUACACUUCCUCAAUCCUGACGAGGUCGGCCGCGAGGAAUCUAUUUACAAAGAAUGGCUCGACGUCUGCAGGACUGAGGGUGGUAUCCUCGUCGCCCAGCAGAAGCUUCACAAGCGACCACUGCUCGUGGCGCAGAUGCUGGAGGAGUGGUUGAAUCAUUAUCGUAGAUUAGCUCAAACCAACGACGCACCAUUCUCGAGACCACCGACAUUGCAGGAUUACAGCAGCGACGGCGAUACCGAGGACGAGUAGUAGCGAGGUAAUCCCACGUGUUGGGACUGUGACAUGAGAAGCAUCCUUUCGCAGAAGUUUCGCGAUAUUUCAUUUGUUGCCUCGCUAGAACUCUUGGAGAGGACCUGGAAACUCCUCUUCUCUCUCUUUUCCUCUGUAUUUUAUUCAUUUUUGCUCUAUGAUAUGUACAGAAGCCUUGGGGACUCUCUGUAAUUUUAACGUGAAAAUAAAUAAAGUAUAGGGGAGAAAGUUCCCGGAAUCUCCCUGCGCAAACGCACUUUAAUGCAAUUGUGAACGGAGUACACAUCCACACCUGUGAAACAUGGAUGCUUCUCGGCGGUAUUAGGAUUAGGAAAGUGAGACGGAAAUACUUCGUCGGCUAACUCGAAUACUAUCGGGAUAUCGCCACGUCCAUACAUACAAAUACAUUCUCUCGCACUGGCAAUGUAUCGUCGUUAAUUCUCAAUCAUUGCGCAGAGAUCGUGAGGUUCGUUGAGAUCAUGGAAGCUUUCGGAGAGUCGAUGAUUAGCUUGUUUUUUGUUACUUUUUUUUCAAGGAAUCUCUUCCCGACUUGUCGUGCUGACUUAUCAAAUUCACCGUCAGAAUGAAACGGUCGUUCUAAGACAAUUUCUACAAAGUCGGUGAAUACGAUUAUCUUUUGUGGCCGGACAUUUUUUGGAUCGAGCGUGUGUGUUGCUUCUUGAACAUUCAUUUGUGCGGCACGAUUUUUUUGAUUUUCCCGUAGAGGCAAAAAGGAAGCAAAAAAGAAAAAAGAAAACGAAACUUCGCUAGUCUCUUUCUCCACCAGUGUACUCGAACUUAGUUUCUUCAGAUGGAGAGAAGAGAGCGCGCGUUGAGUAUGUGUUAUAUAUUUAUAUAUAUAUGUAUAUGUAUAAAUAUCUCGAAGUGUGUGUGAGUUUUUGCGGUACGAUACGUACGAUUACGCGUAAGUGUUAUUAUAUACAAUUCAUUGCCAGUGACAUCGGGAUGAAAGUGUAGAGAACACUGUCGUUUGUUACACAUCGGAUGUCGUCGUUUUUUGCAUAAUAGAAAUUUAAUCUCUAGGCUAUCGAAGGCGGGAUAUAACAAUUUUUUCACAGAUAGUUUGUAAAGUUAUUAGUCUCGUACGAGAGAGUGCAAAAGAGAGAGCGCAAACUGUGUUUUAGAAUAAUUUCUCCCUUUCCCUCUUUCUCACUCUCUCCCUCUUCCUCCUCCCCCACCCCCCUCUCUCUUUCUCUCUCGCAAAAUUACAGAAUUUCCUAGAGAUCUACACGAAAAAUCUAUCUCCGCGCGUUUUCGGAAGCGCGCUCACUCGUUCAUUCGUUCGUCGCGUUCCACUUUUACGACGAACGGAGGAAUACACGGGAUGUCGCGAUCGAUCUAUAUCUCGACGGCUAGAUUCGGCCGGCAAUUCCGGCUAUCGUGAUUAAUCAUCGAAGAUGAGAAACUCACUGCGCGAAUAGAACCUUAGAAAAGAAAAGAUACAAAUAAAAAACGAAAUAGCGGAAACGAUCUUCUCAAUUAAUUCGAGACCAAUUUAACGGAAUCUUCCAAGCCGAGACUCACUCAGUGAAGAAAAUCGGCGAAGUCCAAUGACCGGCUCAUCAUCUCCUGAGGAAACGGGCGGAAGGUAAUAUAACUUCGUGGAAAAUUGCGUUACCACUGAAGAAAAGAAGAGAAGCCGUUAUUCGCCCCGUCCCUCGCGUCUCUUGCCUCGAUCUCGAAUCGGUCGAAGAUUUCGUUCGUUGAGCAUCGAGCACGCGACAGUAAGACGGGACCAUUCCUAAUCCCCUGCGCGAUCGCUAGACUGGUCUUCCUCAGCGUGGGGAGCAUAGAGCUCGACAACCUCUGUAUAUAGGAUAAAACGCCGACUUGUUAGGUUUGAUUCUUUAUCGCUCAAUUAGUGUACACUCACGGAACUUAAAAAAAAAAAAAACAAGCAUACAGUUGAGAUUUGGUGGAAAAAAGUAGAAGAAGAGAAUAUUAACGCAAGCUAGUGCAGCCAGUUCAUCAUUAGAAAACAAACCCUAUCGGCAUCUUCCUUAAUCAUUGGCUCUCUAGGAAAAUCUGGCUUUUCUUAGUGACCAACUAUAUCUGCUUGUAGUUUACUUGUGAAAAUCCCUUCUGGAAUUAUACAGCGCAGGCAAAGAAGCUUAACCUGUUCUCUAAAGUGUAUUCUUCACUGAAAUGCCGUAUUUACAACUAGUGAUUCACUAGUAAAAUUUCGCUGAGAUUAGUCAAUAGUAACGACUGUUUCUGUCAUUAACAAGACGUAUAGAAGUCAUUAAUUCCAUCAACACGCAAACGUAGAAUGUUCAAGUUGAUAACGUAUGUUCAAGUUGGUAGCGUAUAACGAGUUUGUGUAUCACAGAUACUUUGCAGUGAGAACUCACUUCCAUUUCACUCAAAAUCAGCGAAAAUCAAAACAGAGCAGUAAAGUGGGAGUUUUUACUGAAAAUUAAUGAAUACUCACUGAUCGUCUGUAAAUAGUCCUUCGAUUCAGGGAAUAUUUUUGCUGAUUCACUUCAAGAAAGUGGUCGGAAGAGAAGCCAGAUUUUUCUGAAGAGUCAAUGACUAAGAACGAUGCCUAUAAUUGGGUGUUUUACCUUAACCUUUAACUCACUCGUUAGAGAAGAAAGUCAGCACGAAGCGGCCGGGCACCACAAAUGAGCAACGACCUGUUUCCAUCACGGAGAUGCACUGAGCACACACACACACACACACAUAUGCCUCAAUACUCAUUAGAUCUUAUUAGUCGUCGGUUGGACGUGUUUUUUCUCGCGAGCGUUGAGGCAUACGAACACACAAGAAAAUGUUUUGCUCUGAUCUAGUCUAGAAUUCUAAAUGUCACAGUUGAGAAAUUUGUCGUUGUUUUUUGUAUCUGUGCUACGUAGGAUUUACAGCAGCAGCGUUCUAGUACCAUUUGCAGACAAAUUUAGGUCCCGUUACCAAUUAUUAAUCUGGCCUUGGUCUCGACGGGCACCACAGAGAGAGACUUUCUUGUUGAAAAUUUUACAAAUAGUCCAGAUAUAAAUUCCGUCUUUGCCAUUAAAUAUUGACUAAUUACAAUACACAUAUGCAAUGUGCGCAGUGUUUGCUAGUCACCCGUGUCCGUCUUAGCGAAUUUCUCGUAAAUCUAGAUCAUUUUCGCUGUGACUGCAAGGCCAUUUUCUUUGAAUGAACAGGCAGGUUUCUUCCGCGUCUCUUCUCUUCAGUUGCAUAUCUCGUGUACUUACUCGCGGUCUUGCUCCUUCCCUCCACCCUCUCCUCACCCAUCCACUCACCCCUCCAUCGUCGAGUCUCGAGUGAUACAUACCUAUCUCAUUCUAAAUAGUAAAAAAAAAUGUGUGACAGCGCAACCAGACCGAGGAAAAAGAAACAAACGUAAAAAGAGCGCAGUUUUGUACGCGUGAGACGGAAAGCCGGCCGCUUUUCCGGCGUGCGUAUCGACAGGAACUAUAAAACGGGCGUGCGGAAAAUUGCGCUUUCCUCUAUGGCGAGAAAAACGGGGGAAAAAUACUGAAAAAGAAAACAAGUGUGUGUGAUUUCUCCCAACAUGUUGAAUAAAUAAAUAAAUAAAUAAAUAUAUAUAUAUAUAUAUAUAUAUAUAGAAAGAGAUAUAUAUAAAAUAUUAUACGACGCGUACCGUAAAUAGAACUUUUAUAAAGCGAUGAGAAAUUAAAGAAACAAGUGACACGUAUUUCAGCGUUAGAAUAAAAAAAAAACAUUCACUCAGUCUCACAUACACAUACACACAUACACACAUACACAUAUAGACAC